AUGAGCAUGGUGGAAAGACCCAGUUCUGGAGCCCCUCCUGUGGAGAGAAGAGGCUGCCCCCAUCUGAGCCCCUGGGCUGUUCUGAUUCCUGCCCUCAUCCUUAAAUCCUGUGUCACACAUGGCUGCCUUGUUACCCUCCUUUACCAAGGCCAUGAACCUCACAAGACACUGCCUGAGUCUUUUCCAGAGUGGUAUUGUGCCCCAGGGAAGCCUGGGAGCAAAGAGGGGUAGUGGGUCUGGAGGUGCUGCCCCAUGGGCUGGAAGGCCUUUCACACCAGCUGCUACUACUUGUCCAGUGAUAUCAAACCCUGGGGUGAAAGCAAGAAGAACUGCACAGGGAUGGGCUCCUACUUGGUGGUGAUCAACACAUGUUUUAUCCAGGAUUUCCUGCUUCAUUGGGUAAAAGAAACUCUUACAAACUGGCAAAGAAGGACUUACUUCAUUGGUCUAACUGCCCAGGAGACAGAAGGCCAGUGGCGCUGGGUGGAUCAGACCCCAUAUAACAAGACUGCAGUGUUACGGAUGCCUGCAGAGCCCAAUGAUCCCAAACAAAAGUGCGCUACCUUCCAG